AUGAGCCCUCCCGCUGCCAUCUCCCCCACUCGGGACUACGCCCAACCCAUCAUCGCUAAGACGGCUGCGUCCAAGCCUGCCAGCACAGGCAAUGCGAAGCAGACGACCAUUGCCGAGAUGGAGAACAACUGGGACUCGUUCGCCUUCAACCCCAUCCGCGAGUCUACUGUCUCGCGCGCCAUGACCCGCCGCUACUUUGCCGACCUCGACACCCACGCCGAGUCGGACAUUGUCAUCAUCGGCGCGGGUUCGUGCGGUCUCAGCACGGCGUUUGUCCUGGCACGCGCUCGCCCUGACCUCAAGAUUGCCAUCAUCGAGGCUGGCGUCGCCCCUGGUGGCGGUGCCUGGCUCGGUGGCCAGCUCUUCAGCGCCAUGGUCAUGCGCAAGCCAGCCGAUGCCUUCCUGCGCGAAGUCGGCGUCGAGUACGAGGAUGAGGGCGACUACGUCGUCGUCAAGCACGCCGCACUCUUCACCUCGACUCUGCUGUCCAAGGUCCUCGCCUUUCCCAACGUGAAGCUCUUCAAUGCCACCUGCGUGGAGGAUCUGAUCACCCGGCCCGCCGAGGAGGGUGUACGCAUCGCUGGUGUCGUCACCAACUGGACCCUCGUCAGUAUGCACCACGACGAUCAGUCCUGCAUGGACCCCAACACCAUCAACGCGCCUGUCAUCAUCUCGACGACGGGUCACGACGGUCCCAUGGGCGCCUUUUGCGUCAAGAGACUGGUCAGCAUGCAGAGGAUUGAGAAGCUGGGUGGCAUGAGGGGCCUGGACAUGAACGUGGCCGAGGACGCCAUUGUCAAGGGAACCAGGGAGAUUGUCCCCGGCCUGAUUGUCGGAGGCAUGGAGCUUUCCGAGGUCGACGGUGCCAACCGCAUGGGUCCGACCUUUGGCGCGAUGGCGCUGAGCGGUGUCAAGGCUGCUGAGGAGGCUCUCCGCAUCUUUGACGUCCGUAAGAAGCAGAAUGAGCUGUAA